UCGACAGUGAAGAUUAACAUUUAACAAAGAAUUGGUUUAUCGAUUCAUUAAAAGACUGAUCGCGAUAGUGAACAAACACGUCUCGAAAUACUACGAAAUGGUCCCUAAAAUUAGUCAUUUAAUUGGGUGUUUGAUAAUGGUGAUAGUGGUGCACGGCGACGUCUCUCAUUUGGGCAAGGAUUUGGAGUACACCAUCACACCUAGUUCACAGGUGGCCUAUUACCACUAUCCAGCUCCAAGUCGCAGUUUAGCAGCCACUAGAAGACAUCAGCAAUACCACCAACCAUCGCAGCAGUACCAACAACAAACACAGCCGCACCAUCAAGAUCACCAAGUGGCUAGAGAAUUUGCUGCCCCCGCAUUAGAACAUGCAGCAUUUACCCAGGCCUUGACCAGUCAUGGUUACGUGUUUGGAGGAGCAGCUGCCUCAGCUCCAUUGGCCUCCAUACAACCGGCACCACCUGUAACUGCUGCAGUUCCUGCUCCUCCUGCAGUUUCUUUACAGGCGCGAUCAAUAGCGCCAGGAAUUGAUUCCAACUCCUUAAACCUUAAACUUCCUGUACCGUUUGGCCUUACUCCUUUAAAUGUGGCCCAGUUGCCCCUUCAGGCAGGUGCACCGUAUGCCAGCGUACCACACACCACGGGUCUCACUUCAUAUGGAACGCCGCAGAUCCAAAGACGUUAAUGGUAACCUAACUUUAACAAUAAAAUAAAAAUAAAGUCAUCCAGACUGAUCAUCAUUUUACCAAAAUAGUGAAUAAUAAAAAUCAAACUUGCCAUCUAACCUUAAAAAA